AUGCGAAAUCUGAAGACAGUCGCAUAUCGUGAGACCCGCCUACCGGACGGUUUGCCUCUAACAGCCACAGCAUGGGACACUUCGACAAAUGCUAUAAUUUGUGCAUUCGGCCCAACUCCCACACAGCCUGUUAUCGAACUCAGAAGAAAGAUCGGAACCACGUCUCGUCAUGGCGAGUUCGUGACCAUCACUUCAUGGGAUUCACCAUGUCCACUUCCACAUCUCGAAUGUGACGAGAUCCUGUUACUCCAAUAUUUCCCAGACAUCGCAACAUCUUGUCUUGUCCUGGCUGGCGGAGAUGUUGUGGUUGUGCGGGAGGAUCCAAGCCCAGAACAAGAAAAGAUUGAAAUUGUCGGCACCGUCGACGUCGGAAUCUGUGCUGCUGCUUGGGCUCCAGAUGAAGAAUUACUGGCCAUUGUCACCCGUGCGGACACACUCGUCCUGAUGAGCAGGACUUUCGAACCGCUCAAUGAAGGUACUCUAUCUCCAGAAGACCUCAAGGCUUCCAAACAUGUGUCGGUUGGCUGGGGUCACAAGGAAACUCAAUUCCAAGGCCGACGCGCAAAAGCUAUGCGAGAUCCUACAGUACCGGACAACGUCGAUGAGGGCAAGCUGAGCCCGUUUGAGGACCACAAAGUGAUGGUCAGUUGGCGAGGCGACGGGCAAUACCUUGCCGUCAGCAGCGUGGUGCGUGGUCAACGCCGAGUAAUCCGAGUCUUCACGCGUGAGGCUGUCCUCGACAGCGCUAGUGAGCCGGUCGACGGUAUGGAGUCCGCAUUAAGCUGGAAGCCCUCGGGCAAUCUCAUUGCCAGUGUCAAGCGGUCUGAGAAUAAGCUGGAGGUCGUGUUCUUUGAGCGAAACGGUCUCCGUCAUGGUCAAUUCGAUCUUAGAACGACCAAAGAAGAAAUGGAUGAGUGGGCGUCUAGCAUUUCCCUUUCAUGGAACACAGACUCGACCGUUCUGGCUGUCGCUUUUAAGGACAGGGUUCAGUUUUGGACGAUGGGCAAUUAUCACUACUAUCUGAAACAAGAGGUUCUUCUCCAUUCAUCUGGCUCCAGAUGGCCACUGAGGUGGCAUCCCGAAACACCGCUGAGGCUGUCCCUUGGUGAUACCGAAAAGCUCUUGGACCUCACGUUCCUUUCCGCAGUAUCAGCGGGUAGCAUAGUCCCCCCGCAAGACUAUGGCAUUGUCGGAGUCAUCGAUGGCAGGACACUGAAACUCACUCCUUUCAAACAGGCCGGUGUGCCACCACCAAUGGCCUUCUGUGAGGCUGUUUUCGACUACAAUAUCAUUGACUGCGCCGUCGGUCAGGAUGGCCAAAGGAUUGCAGUCCUUACGACAGAAACGUUGGAGUUAUGUGAAUGGAAAACUCGCAAUAACGGUAAAGGCGACUUGGUAUUUACAACAAUACUAGAGCGGCGUUCCCACAGACAUCCGACUCUCCAGACAGCACCAGAGCCUCUCCACUAUACUCAGGUGUCCUUAUGUAACGACGAGGUAUUUCUCAUUGCACCAAUGCAGUCAAGGAGAGCAGCGUCUUGCUGGAAGUUGAUUUGGAACCAGAGUCCGAGCAUGUCUUGGGAACAGGUCCCUGCGCCUGAACAUUCUGAAAGCCUGAUAACAGACGUGUUUUUCGAUUCUAUAUUUGCCACCGAUCCGACUGAGAAUGCCACAGUUCAGCUCUCAGACUGCCCUCGGUCGACGGGCCUCGAGCCCGUCAAAUUAAACGGUAGUCAGCCCAACAGCUCCGUCUUUACGCUUCGCCCUACCGGGUCUCUUCAGGAGAAUGGUGAGACCAACGGCCACGUCCCGGAAUACCAUAAAGUCUCUCUAUCGCUCAAGGGAAACCUGUACGUCGACUACAUGCUUCUCGCUCGCGAAGUAACCUCCUACAUGUUGACCUCGACACACCUAAUCUUCACCACAUCCUCACAUCUCCUCAAAUUCGUCCAUCUCACCCAUCCUUCGGCAAUGCAAGUCCCCAACGACACGCCCGAGAUCGACGAACGAUGCAGAAACGUUGAAAGAGGCGCCCGUAUCGUGACGGUUAUCCCCUCCAUAUACGCUGUGGUUCUCCAAAUGCCCCGGGGAAACCUUGAGACGAUCUACCCGCGUCUCCUGGUUCUCUCUGGAAUACGCAAGCAUCUGAAGCAGCAGGACUACCUCACUGCUUUUCUGGCUUGUCAGACCCACCAGGUCGAUAUGAACAUCUUACAUGAUUAUGAUCCGGCGACCUUUCUGUCCAAUGUGCCCAAAUUCAUCGAUCAACUUAGAAGACCCAGCCGCGUGGACGGAUUUCUCUCGAAGCUAAGGGACGAGGACGUCACGCAGACGCUCUAUCGCGACACGACAUUGCAGUCCCAAUCUGAGCCAGAAGUACCCUCCGCCUCCAAUAUAAAACCGGCCAACGUUGCUCCAGGCAGCAAAAUCAAUAAGAUUGCGGACUCUUUCCUCUCCAACCUGACUUCAAGGCCUUCGUCCUACUUGCAAACUAUUAUAACGGCCCACGUUUGCAAGCGGCCUCCGGACUUGUUCUCUGCCUUGACGCUGGUGUCCACGCUCCUCCAGACGUCCAAAGAAGAUGCCGACGUUGCAAUCUCCCAUCUGUUCUUUCUCACGCCCAAUCCGUCCCUUCUGUUCGACGCCGCCCUGUCCCUCUACGAUCUUGAGUUGACACUCCUCGUGGCGCAGAAUGAUAUCUCGAGAGACCCAAGAGAAUACAUGCCAUAUCUGCAAUCUCUGCAGGAAAUGCCCGAGCUGAGGCGGAAGUAUGCGAUUGACGACCACCUCAAGAAAUACAGCAAAGCAUUGGUCUCGCUCCAUGCGAUGGGAGAGCACGAGCAAGUCGCGUCCUACACUGUCAGACAUUCCUUGUACACCACGGCGAUGGAGCUGUACAAGUACGAUCAAGUGCAUCUGACCGAAAUCACCCGCACGUACGCCGAAUAUCUUACUACCCAAAAAUCUCACCACGCGCAAGCUGCGACGCUGUACGAAUCACUGGGCGAUUACGACACCGCAUACAAGCUGUACGCACUGGCACACAAGUGGCGAGAAGCACUGACCUGCGCAACACUCGUUCCUUUGGCCGCGACGCAACUCACGUCGCUCGCUCAGAGUCUGGCGCAGACGUUGACGGAUGAAAACCGCGACUAUCGGGCAGCCGCGACGAUUCACAUUGACUACCUCUCCAAUAUUCCAGAGGCCGCAAGACUUCUGUGCCGGAGUUCUUAUUUCGCCGAAGCCAUGCGCGUCCUCGCCCACGGCAACCACCCCGUUUCAGAGAUCCACCAGAUCAUAGACGCAGGGCUAGGUGAGAAAGUCGGCGAGAUCCUCGAGCUCCUCGCAGACUGUCGCGCACAGUUGAACGCACAAGUCCCCCGUAUCGUCGAGCUCCGCAAGAAAAAGGAGGAAGAUCCACUGGCUUUCUUCGGGGGUGAUCCCACCACAGCCGCGGACGGUGUCGCAGGAGAUAUCCCGGACAACAUCUCCCUCGCGCCCACAGACGCCAGCACGCUGGGCGGCCAGAGCCUGUUCACCCGCUACGGCAGCAACGCAAGCAAGUUCGGCGGCACGGUGGCCUCCAACGUGUCCAGGAAGACGUCCAAAACGAAACGCCGCGAAGAACGCAAGCGCGCCCGCGGCAAAAAGGGCUCGGUGUACGAGGAGGAAUACCUCGUCGCCAGUGUGGGGCGACUGAUCGACCGCGUCAACGGCCUGCAUGAAGAAGUCGGUCGUCUCCUCGCAGGGCUCCUGAGACGGGGGAUGCGGGAGCAAGCCAGACAGGUUGACGAAAACAUGACGGAGAUCAGCCAGGCCUGCGGAAGAGCCAGAGAGGACGUCUGGGAGGUGGCAAAGCAGGAUGAGAAAGUUGAGCAGGCUGGAGAGAAUACAUAUGAUAAAGAUGGCCAAGGAAGACCUCCUGGAGCAGAGGGCGUGUUCUGGGAUAGCCUGCAGGAAAGCCAGAGGAAAAGAGAGGCGCCCGAGGUGAAGGGUUGGAUCUCCAGCGAAACUAUGGCUUCAUGA